AUGACGGACCCCGUUAACUCGGCGCCCACUUCCUCCUCGGCUAAUGCGCCCCAGCCCUCUGCCCAGCCCACCGAGAAUUCCUCACACCAAACCCUCCCGAUCCGCGAUGCAAAGACCGCAAAGGACAAAGACCCCGCACAAUCAGAGAAACAACCCACAAAGGGCAAAGAUGCUUCAGUACCUGCCGGUGAAGCCGACGCCAAAGCUGGUGGUGACAAGCCCUUGACUCCCGCUGAGUUGAAAAAGAAGGCCAAAGCAGAGAAAGCUGCCCGGCGCGUUAAGGAAAAACUUGAACGGGAUGGCGGAGCUGGUGCUGCGGGCGGUUCAGCUCCUGCACCUGGCCAGCCUCGUCCCCCGGUUACCCCGAGGAAAGAUACCGCUGGUGGAGGCGCUGCGCAAAAGGGAGCGAAGGCGCUUCCCCCGCGACGGGGCUCUCUGGUCGGCGCUGGCGCUGGCGCUGCUGUGGAGCAGAAGAAGAAGAAGGAGGAUAAAAGUGUCGCUGUCUUUGGCCAUCUCUAUGGUCAACAGCGCAGAACUACAAUUGCCGGUGCUGGUAAGGAAGUGCACCCUGCGGUGCUCGCAUUGGGUCUGCAGUUGAGGGACUACGUGGUUUGUGGAAGCAGCGCGCGAUGCGUGGCUACCAUGCUUGCUUUCAAGCGAGAUUUUUUCAAGGUUGUUGAAUCUUACACUACACCUCUGGGUACCUCGCUCCCCCGCCACCUGACAACUCAUCUCUCCCACCAAAUCACCUACCUCUCCACAUGUCGACCGCUCUCAAUCAGCCAGGGUAAUGCCAUUCGGGCACUCAAGUUGGCCAUCGCCGAUAUCGACCCCUCUAUGCCGGAGUCAGCUGCCAAGACCACAUUGUGCGACUUUAUCGACAGCUUUAUCCGCGAGAAGAUCACAGUCGCCGAUCAGGUUAUUGCCGCCAGUGCGGCACAGAAGAUCCAAGAUGGUGAUGUGAUUGUUACCUUUGCGGGUAGCUCUAUCGUCAAGCAGACCCUGCUCUUAGCACACAAUGAAGGAAAGCAAUUUCGGGUUUCCAUCAUUGAUUCACGCCCAUUGUUCGAAGGCAAGAAUCUCGCUCGCGCACUCGCCAAUGCCGGUCUUGAUGUCCAGUAUUCACUCGUGCAUGGCAUCAGCCACGCCAUUAAGGAUGCUACAAAGGUUUUCCUAGGCGCCCACGCCAUGACCAGCAACGGUCGUCUGUACUCCCGUGUCGGUACAGCCUUGGUAGCCAUGUCCGCCAAGGAACGCGCCGGUGGCGUCGAAGUGCCCGUCAUUGUAUGCUGCGAGACAGUCAAGUUCACCGACCGCGUCGCUCUCGACAGUAUCGUCGUCAAUGAGAUCGCCGAUGCCGCCGAGCUAGUCUCCGCCAACCCCGCACAGCAGGUCACUGGUCUCCCGGACCCGGCCGCUUUCACUACUCCCCCUGUUGAUCCCAAGAAGGGCAAGGGUGGAAAACCCGUCUCCAGUGCUCCCACUUCAGACCCCGUCGCUUCUGACCGCACUCCCUCUCCUUCGCCCCUUGCCAAUUGGAAGGAGACUUCCCAUUUGCAACUCUUGAAUCUGAUGUACGAUGUUACCCCGGCCGAGUAUGUGGAUAUGGUCGUUACCGAGAUGGGCAGCUUGCCUCCGAGUGCGGUUCCCAUUGUGCACCGAAUGAGCACAAAUAUGUGA